CCGCCGCCGCUCGCGUACGUAGAGCCUCCGAACCCAGUGCUUCCCGGCUCGUCCCGCGGACCGGUCGCGUGCUACCGAACUCACACGUAAAAUGUUACAAGAGCUGCAGCUCGUUCAAGGUCAGACGAACUACGUCGUCGUGUCCUCCGGCUACCCCUCGGCGACCGUCACGAAGACCGCAGCGGAAAAGCGGAUAGUUCCCAUAGCGCCGGCGCCCGAAAAGAACUACGUCACGCACGACACCCCGCCGAAUCUCCAGUACAGGAAGAAGGUUCACUUCCGGACGAACCCGUACACCGGGCCGCAGGCCGCCUCCAUCGCCCGCAGGAACGCCCGGGAGAGAAAUAGAGUUAAACAAGUGAACGACGGCUUCAACGCCCUCCGCCGGCACCUGCCCGCGUCCGUGGUGGCCGCGCUUUCGGGAGGGGCGAGGCGAGGGUCCGGCAAAAAGCUCAGCAAGGUCGACACGCUGCGGAUGGUAGUGGAGUACAUAAGGUACCUUCAGCAGCUCCUCGAGGAGAGCGACGCGGCGCUCGGCAUAACUCGGGACCAGGAGAACAGGGAGAACAUACCGAACAGCGCGGCAAUGACGUCGAUAUCGGACAUGGAUGACGGGUUUUUCUACGGCGGAUCGCCAUGCUCCGACAAGCCGGAGUCUCCCGCACCGUCGGAGUGCUCGUCGGGGGUGUCCUCGUCGUACUCCAACGUCGACCGGUACGACGCGGCAGCGCAGCAGCAGAUCGGACACAUGGACGAGGACGAGCUGUUAGACGUCAUCUCGUGGUGGCAGCAGAAAUAGCAUUCAUGUAUAGAAAUUCCUCAAUAGUUGGACAAAUCCCUCCGAAGUUCUGUGAAAUCAAGAAUAGUAAAGAAAAGACUCUUUGAUAUCUAGUCAAACAACAGUGCCUUAAAUUAGUUUUAAGAUUAGUGUAUAAUAUACGCUUGUUUGAAGAUCACCGAAAAAGAGAUUAGAACUACACGACUUGGGUGAAAUAAUUUACUACUAGUUAAUUGUAUAAAUAAAACGAGGCUUAAAUAAGGGUAAAAUUUAAUUUGGA